CCGCACAGAUUUAACAGACCAGACAGCCUGAACCGUCACUUAGCAGCAAACACCUGUGCCAAAGUUCUCGCACGGGCCAGCGCCGCUCCCUCGCAGAAGAAGUCGAAAGGCCCGAAGCACAAGACCGCCCGCAAGGCCAGCUGUCCCGCGUCGCGUGAGACUUCAGAAGAAUCAACGCCCUCUCCGCUGCCCUGCCCUUUGUCUCUCCCAUCAUGCUCCCGUGGCUCUCCCUCGCCCGUCCACUCGACCGCAUCCUCCUCCUUUACGACCCCUUCCCCUGUGCCCUCGUCCUUGUCUUCUCCGUCGUCCGUUUCUUCUUCUCUGCCCUCUUCUCCAUCGUCCGUUUCUUCUUCUCUACCCUCUUCUUCUUCUUCUUCUUCUUCUUCUUCUUCUUCUUCUUCUUCGUCUUCGUCUUCCUCCCCAUCUUCGUCUUCGUCUUCCUCUCCACCUUCCUCUUCGUCUUCCUCUCCAUCUUCAUCUUCCUCUUCCUCUUCGUCCUUCCCCACCCCCAUCGUCUCGGCCUGUUCCUUCAUUUCGCAGCCUGCGACGCCAUCCUCUUCCUCUCCCACUUCUAGUUCAUGCUCUGCAUGCCCGCCCAUCGAUACCAUCGAAGAGCACUACGUCGCAUCCGAGAGCGCGUCCCCACUGCCUGAUGCCAAGUUCGAGUCCUCGCCUCUCACAGAAGACGACGACUUUGACG